AUGCACCGGUUGAAACGGCAGAGCGGCUCGACGAGCAACGACGAGUGCUUCUCGAGCGCAUCGAGCGAAGACGACGACGACGUCACGCUUGACGAGGCGCUGUUCGAGUCCCCGCUGCCGCCGCGCUUCAGGGACGAAACCGCGGCCCAGCUGAGGCUCGCGAAGGCCGGCUGCCGAGACAACAACGGCCGGCAAGGCAGAAACUGCCACACCUACAGCAAAGGGGCAGGCUUCUCCCUGGCCAACGAUGGCGACUCCUCACGGUCGCCGACGGCGAAAUCAAGGUCGUGGAGGCACGUCUCUAGGACCGCGGACACGUACGCGUUGUAUCAGCUGCUCGAGUCUUCCGACACGGAGGCCCUGUUCACGCUCGUCCUCAUGGGGGACAACCUCGACGCCCUGCUGGAAAACGCCGCGCUCGACUGCACAGCGCUCAACACGCUUAUCGCGUUGCUCGCCAAGGCGUGCACGUGCCGCCAGGCUGAACACCUGAGACUCCUGCUGGGUACCGUGGCGGCCAACAACAGGUUCCUGCGGAACGUCGAGCAGCAGCUCGUCUGCAGGCGGCGGUUGCCAGCCUUCUGGGACCAUUUCGUCGUACCCCUGGUGAAGGUCGUUGAGAAGUCGGUGAAACUGCUUCCACGUGAGGGGAAGAACAACCUGUGCGGCGUCGCUGCCGCUUUGUUAGAUUUGGUCAACAGCAGUCUUCAGGACACGCAACCUCUCGACGUGAACGUAGUGGAAGCGGUAGAAAGUGUAGGCACACUCUUGGCCGAGGCGAACAAAGUCGACUUUCGACGAGUCGUUGGGAGGACGCAUUACGCCUCGUUUCCAGGAGACGGAGACGCUGGAGAGAAGUCGUCAGUGCUGCCAGCGGAAUUCAUUCAAAGCGUGCAACUCGGCGAAGCAGAUAUAGGUUCUAUUCGUCCUGCCACGACAGCCGAAUACGUAAAGGCUCAGUACAGUCGCCUCAGGCGACUCUUUCUGCAGCCACUGGACAAAGUCUUAAGCACACUGCAGUCGUUCCCGGUCUCGGCUGAAGCCUGCAACGUUGUCAUAUACACAAAAGUCAAGAUUGGUCCUCCGAUAUGUACGAUCAACGGCGUCGGUCACAAGGUAAACUUCAGCGUCGUAGACAGCAGAGAUUGCGAGUCCAGGCUGCAGCCUGGAUGCAUGGUGUGCCUCAGCAACGACGGCUUUCAAACAGUCUUCUUUGGCACUGUACUCUGGCGAAGUUUCAAAGACAGAGAACGGGGACAUAUGGUAGCGUCCUUUCCCGAUGCUAGGAGGCUCGAGGCUGCGGCAUCAGCGCGAGGCUUCGUCAUGACGGAGUGUCCUGAGCUCUAUGAAGACUACGCUUGUGUCUUUGACGUGAUGAAGCAGUUUGAGGCGACGCAUCUGCAACUGCCUUUCAGAAAAUACGUCGUUGACGGACGCAGCGAUGCUGCUGCGCCUGGAUACAUGAACAACAACACCGUUUUUGACGUGAAAGCGCUGUUCAAGAAGAGUGUGUUUAUACGCCCACACAAGGACCGAGAUUGGCCGAGCAGCGAAGAGACCGAACUGGAUCGUUAUCAGUUCGAUGCCGUACAGACGGCAGUUUCAAGGGCUGUCACACUCGUGGAAGGGAUGCCUGGAACGGGCAAAACGUUCAUGACAACGCGGCUUGUGUCUGUCAUGUUGGAUAACAUAAACGUUUCCCACGGAGGUCCCAUCUUGAUCGUAUCAAAGGACAAGGAAAGCCUCUGCUCGCUUAUGGCACAUUUUGAAGAAGUUCUGGAUGACGUUGAAGUCGUCAGCGCAGACAGCGAUAUUUUACAAAUUACAAAGAAAGUUAUGUCCACCGGACCCAAUCCGGAGGUUGUCGAACCAACACCUAUGCGUUUACUGAGACGACAUGUCGAUGAGAUCGAACAACUCAAGUCGCGAACUAGGAACCUGCAAGAUAACAUAAGACGCAUUCCGUCCAGGCUCCUAGGAGAGAGUGAACUGAAAUCUGUGAUGAAUGACAAGCAUUACAAGAGCUUGUUUUUCACGAUGGUGACCGGCGCUGAAGACAAGUUGAGAGACUGGCUGCUUGCUGACAACGAGGAUGUUGUAUCAAGGUUUUCCUCGGGAUACCACAGUUCUCUGUCUGAAGACGAGGUGUGUUACAUUAGUGACGUAUGGGCGCUUGACAUGGAGAGCAGGUACCGGCUCUACGAUUACUGGAAGAACAACUAUUACGAGAGAAAAUCACGCGAGUGGCUCGAUCUCGUGGGAAGGUUCAAGACAUUGCUUGGGCUGAAGAAAGAAGUGGAAGAAAAAUUGCAGUUCGAGGCCCUUCGCGCGAAGAAGAUUGUAGGAGCGACUAUCUCUUCCCUACCUAGAAUAUGGAGCGCGCUCAGAGACAUCAAGCCACAUACUGUCAUCGUGCUAGAAUCACGUUCGAUUCCGGAGCCCUUCAUGUUUCCAAUGCUAACACUUAACCCUCAUCACAUCGUUCUCAUCAGCGACACACAAAACGUUUUCGACAAACGGGAAGACGUGGGGGCCGCUCAUGACUCGUUAUUCGAGCGUCUGGUGAAACAAGGUGUCACCUGCUGUCAGCUUUUGAGGCAAUAUCAACUAAACCCAAACACCGUAAAAAUUAUAGAUGCUUUCAAAACUAAGAAAUUCCUUGAAAGGUACGAGUUCCAGACCGAACUUUCCGAGAUACGGGGAGCUUCGUCGAACGUGCGUUUCAUCGACCACUCCGUUUGCUACAGCAGGGACAACAUUGUCGCGUGCGCUUUCGAAGCUGAAUUCUUGGCGUCACUGGCCAAGUACUUGCUUUUCCAAGGGUACCGUCCGAGUCAGAUCUGCGUGUACGUGCCCACCGUGGAUCAGGUUGAACUCAUCAAGUCCAAUUUGUGCGGCUUGAAAGAAGAGCCUCCGGUCACCACAGUGGACAAGGCUAAAGGCUGCAAGAACGCCAUCGUCCUCAUGUCAUUCUCGUGUCCCAACACGACGCACGACUUCGAGGUCUCUUGCAGGGACCACUACAGCGCCAUCGCGUCUUCUACGAUAGGGUUGUACUGCAUCGGCAACCUUACGUACUUGUCGGAUAACACCAAGACAUGGAAGCAGGUUGCCCCCGUCCUUUAUGCAGAAGGUAUGGUGGGGCCGCUUCUGCUCAAGUGCCAGAUACACCCGGACAAGACUACAUCUGUGACGAAGGCAAAGGACUUCACGGAUGUAAUUGACGGCGGCUGCAGUACGCCGUGCAACGCCUUCCUGCCUUGCGGUCACCCGUGUCCCAAAACAUGCCACCUUACCGACAAAGACCACCAGGGGACCAUGUGCACCAGACCUUGCAAGAAGCUGCUCCCUUGCGACCACCCUUGCAAGGCGCUCUGUGGAGAACCGUGUCCAACUGAGUGUGAAAUUAUGGUAAACGCGCUGAGUCCCUGCGACCACGUUGUUAGGGUGCCCUGCUCUGCAGUGCUCAGUGCGCACGAGGUGCGUUCUCAAUGUACUGAAGUGUGCGGAAAGAAGAUCAGCCGAGGGGUUCGCUGCACACGGAAAUGUCGCGACUGCUUUCUCGAGUGCACUCACCUUAACGACGAUGUCUACUUUGAAGAAGAGCCCUCUGUAUGCACGAACUGCCGAAUCAUGUGACAUUUUUCUUCUUGACUUCAUCGCAUACAGACCAUUGUACAUAGUCUUCCUGGACCAUUCGGAAAGUUUGUUUUGUUUUCAUUUUGUAGCUGCAGCCAGUUGAAAAGUACUUUCGCAUGAAAAUAAA